AUGGAAGGUGCCCCACAAGAAAGAGCACCUACGAAGCCGACACCUGUCGGCAUUUCCAUCGGACCCAUCCAACCUCGAUGGGGACCACCACACGCGAAGGCCGCCUUGGUAAUGGUGCUUUUGAACGGUCCAGCUGGAGGGCCCCCACACUCUUGGGCCCCGCUCCCACCAUCACAUGGACAGUGA